AUGAAGAGAACCCUGCAGGAUGAAAUUGAAGCCAUACUGCGUCAGAGGAUUAUGGUGCUGGAUGGAGGGAUGGGGACCAUGAUUCAACGGUACAAACCAAAUGAAGACUACUUUCGUGGUCAGGAAUUUAAAGAUCAUGCCAAACCCCUGAAAGGCAACAAUGACAUUUUAAGUAUAACCCAACCUGACGUCAUUUACCAAAUCCACAAGGAAUACUUGCUGGCUGGGGCCGAUAUCAUUGAAACAAAUACUUUUAGCAGUACCAGUAUUGCACAGGCUGAUUAUGGUCUUGAACACCUGGCCUACCAGAUGAACAAGUGCUCUGCAGCGCUAGCCAGGCAAGCCGCUGAGGAGGUGACUCUGGAGACAGGAAUUAAGAGGUUUGUGGCUGGCGCUCUGGGUCCCACCAAUAAGACGCUCUCUGUGUCCCCAUCUGUGGAAAGACCAGAUGCCAGGAGCAUAACAUUCGACGAGCUUGUUAAAGCAUACCAAGAGCAGGCCAAAGGACUUCUAGAUGGCGGGGUUGAUGUCUUACUAAUUGAAACGGUUUUUGAUACUGCCAAUGCCAAGGCAGCUUUGUUUGCACUCCUGGAACUCUUUGAAGAGGAGUAUGCUCCCCAUCCUGUCUUUAUUUCAGGGACAAUUGUUGAUAAGAGCGGGCGCACUCUCUCUGGACAGACGGGGGAGGCCUUUGUCAUCAGUGUGUCUCAUGCAGCCCCACUCUGCAUUGGAUUAAAUUGUGCCCUGGGCGCAGCUGAAAUGAGACCUUUUAUUGAAACAAUUGGAAAAUGUACACCAGCCUAUGUGCUCUGUUACCCCAAUGCAGGUCUUCCCAAUACCUUUGGUGGCUAUGAUGAGACCCCUCAAGCGAUGGCCAUGCACCUAAAGGACUUCGCUAUGGAUGGCUUGGUGAAUGUAGUUGGUGGGUGCUGCGGGACAACGCCCGAUCACAUCAGGGAAAUUGCUUCAGCAGUGAGAGACUGUAAACCGAGAGUUCCACUUACCAGUGUUUAUGAAGGGCACAUGUUACUGUCUGGUCUAGAGCCCUUCAGGAUUGGACCGUACACCAACUUUGUUAAUAUUGGAGAACGCUGUAACGUUGCAGGAUCCAGGAAGUUUGCUAAACUCAUCAUGGCAGGAAACUAUGAAGAAGCACUGAGUGUUGCCAAAAUGCAGGUGGAGAUGGGGGCCCAGGUGCUGGAUAUCAACAUGGACGAUGGCAUGCUAGAUGGCCCAAGUGCCAUGACCAGAUUUUGCAACUUCAUUGCCUCCGAGCCAGACAUUGCCAAGGUGCCAUUGUGCAUUGAUUCUUCCAAUUUUUCUGUGAUUGAAGCCGGGUUGAAGUGCUGCCAAGGGAAGUGCAUCGUCAACAGCAUUAGUCUGAAGGAGGGAGAGGUUGACUUCUUAGAAAAGGCCAGAAAGAUUAAGAAGUUUGGAGCUGCUGUGGUGGUCAUGGCUUUUGAUGAGGAAGGCCAGGCAACAGAAAUAGAAACCAAAAUCAAAGUGUGCACCCGAGCCUAUCACCUACUUGUGCAAAAACUGGACUUUAAUCCAUAUGACGUCAUUUUUGACCCCAACAUCCUCACCAUUGGUACCGGGAUGGAAGAACACAACUUGUAUGCUGUUAAUUUUAUUCACGCAACAAAAGUCAUUAAAGAAACAUUACCAGGAGCCAAAAUAAGUGGAGGUGUUUCCAACUUGUCUUUCUCCUUUCGAGGAAUGGAAGCCAUUCGAGAAGCAAUGCAUGGAGUUUUCCUUUACCAUGCGAUCAAGUUUGGCAUGGACAUGGGGAUAGUGAAUGCUGGAAAUCUCCCUGUGUAUGAUGAUAUCCACAAGGAACUUCUCCUGCUCUGUGAAGAUCUCAUCUGGAAUAAAGACCCGGAGGCCACUGAGAAGCUCUUACGUUAUGCCCAGACUCAUGGAAAAGGAGGGAAAAAGGUCAUUCAGACAGAUGAGUGGAGAAACGGCCUCAUUGAAGAACGCCUCGAGUACGCCCUUGUCAAGGGCAUUGAAAAACAUAUUAUUGAGGAUACUGAAGAAGCCAGGUUAAACCAGGAAAAAUACCCCCGACCUCUGCACAUAAUUGAAGGGCCUCUAAUGAACGGCAUGAAAGUUGUUGGUGACCUUUUUGGAGCUGGAAAAAUGUUUUUACCUCAGGUUAUAAAAUCAGCUCGGGUUAUGAAGAAGGCAGUUGGCCACCUUAUCCCCUUCAUGGAAAAGGAAAGAGAAGAAACUAGAGUGCUCUCUGGCACAAUAGAAGAAGAGGAUCCUUACCAAGGCACUAUUGUGUUGGCCACGGUUAAAGGUGACGUGCACGACAUAGGCAAGAACAUAGUUGGAGUGGUUCUUGGCUGCAAUAAUUUCAGAGUUAUUGAUUUAGGAGUCAUGACUCCCUGUGAUAAGAUACUGAAAGCUGCUCUUGACCACAAAGCAGAUAUCAUUGGUCUGUCCGGGCUGAUCACUCCUUCCCUGGAUGAAAUGGUUUUCGUGGCCAAGGAAAUGGAGAGACUUACCAUCAAGAUUCCACUGUUGAUUGGAGGAGCUACCACAUCCAGAACCCAUACAGCAGUGAAAAUAGCGCCGAGAUACAGCGCACCAGUGAUCCACGUCCUGGACGCCUCCAAGAGUGUGGUGGUGUGUUCUCAACUAUUAGAUGAAAAUCUGAAGGGUGAAUAUUUUGAGGAAAUCAUGGAAGAAUAUGAAGAUAUUAGACAGGACCAUUAUGAGUCUCUCAAGGACAGAAGAUACUUAACUUUAAGUAAAGCCCGAGAAAAUGGUCUCCGUCUUGAUUGGCUGUCGGAACCUCGCCCAGUGAAGCCCACGUUCAUCGGGACGCGAGUCUUUGAAGACUAUGACCUGCAGAAGCUGGUGGACUACAUUGACUGGAAGGCUUUCUUUGAUGUCUGGCAACUCCGGGGAAAGUACCCUAACCGAGGCUUCCCCAAGAUAUUUAACGACAAGACAGCUGAGAAGGACCCUGGCAGCACAGACCCCCACCACUGCCUCUCGGACUUCAUCGCUCCUUUGGAGUCUGGCGUCCAGGACUACCUGGGCCUGUUUGCCGUUGCCUGCUUUGGAGUGGAAGGCCUGAGCAAGGCCUAUGAGGAAGAGUGUGACGACUAUAGCAGCAUCAUGGUCAAGGCGCUAGGGGACCGGCUGGCAGAGGCAUUUGCAGAGGAGCUCCACGAAAGGGUCCGCAGAGAGCUGUGGGCGUACUGUGGCAGCGAGCAACUGGAUGUGGCCGGCCUACGCAGGCUGCGCUAUGAGGGGAUCCGGCCGGCGCCUGGCUACCCCAGCCAGCCUGACCACACGGAGAAACUCACCAUGUGGAGACUAGCUGACAUCGAGCCGUCCACAGGCAUUCGGCUAACGGAAUCACUAGCGAUGGCCCCCGCCUCGGCCGUGUCGGGCCUCUACUUCUCCAAUUCGAAAUCCAAAUACUUUGCUGUGGGGAAGAUUUCCAAGGACCAGGUUGAGGAUUAUGCUUUGAGGAAGAACAUGCGUGUGGCUGAAGUGGAAAAAUGGCUUGGACCCAUUUUGGGCUACGAUACAGAUUAA